AUGGCGGCAUGUUUCAAUACGAGGGGUAACGAGACGACGUGGGACAGCAAAGUCCAUGUCCCGUGUAAUAUGACCGCAGUAGAGGCCGGAGGCCAUUCGACAUGCUGCAUAAUUGGCGACCUCUGUCUCACGAAUGGCAUGUGCAUGCACAAAGAGGACGUCGACAAAAAGAAUUGGUAUUGGCGAACAGGAUGCACAGAUAAGACAUGGGAAGACCCAGCAUGUCCUAAAUAUUGCGAAUCGAUCGAACCCACAAGGAACACGGGUCUUAUCAUGAAUUGUCUCCAACCAGAGUCCUGGUGCUGUGCUUAUGUCGGGGGUAGUCUCCAGGAUUGGAAAUCACAGGCCUCGAUCAACACAACAUGCUGCACCAUCGACGACCUUAAAUUCUCGGCGGAAGAUCCUAUCGUGUAUGCCACGGCAACCAAUCCCAUCCGACUCAGCACACAAUCAGCUUCGACUAGCACCGUUCUCAGCACCAUAUCGCAAGCCACGACCGCAAUGACAGCUGAUCAGUCUAGUUCGCCCACAACAGCUGUCAAUUCACAACAGAGCUCGGACUCAGCUGGUCUAACUACCGGCGCGAAAGUCGGACUUGGUGUUGGGAUACCUGUCGGCGUCAUUGGGCUUGCUGCGAUCGGCGCCUUCUUCUGGUUACGGCGGAGACGGAACGUAGGACCCAGCAGCAACCCACCAGAGCUUUACACGCCUGAAGCAAGUAGCAAAGGAGCCGUGCCACCAUACCAAGAGACAGCAAUGAAUCAUCAAGGAGCUGCGGUCUACCGACACGAGGCACCAUCGUCACAAGUGGCUCAUGAGUUGCCUGCAGCCGUCGAGCCAUCAGAGCUGCCGCUUCAAGGCAAGCUUGUCCGGUAG